AUGUCAGGAAGAUUGAUAAUGGGAGGUGCUGCCGCUGCAGCUGCGGGCUACAUGAUAUAUGAGUAUCAACAGCAAAAUGAAAGAAAUAGAAGCGCGCUAAUUCCCCCAAGUACUGCAACUCGAGACAGGAGCAGCGGUGCCACCGUAGAUGAAAAAGCGCGUGCUUUGAGCAAGGAGGUCCAGCAACGGAAGGACGAGUCUGCGAAAUGGAUCAAAGAACAAGCUGAAGAGAAGAAGAAAAGUGUCAAAGACGAGUUUGAACAUCAGAAAGCAGCUGUCCAGUCAACCGCGGCAGAUACUUCAAAGGAUGCCUCAAGAGGUUGGGAAAGGAUCAAGGAAGGAGUCAGUGAAGACGGUAAGAGUAUCAAAGAGGCUCUACUAGGCUCCGAUGAUGAUAAGAAGGCAAAAGACCAUAACAAGUCGAUCUUCAACAGAAGCUUCAAUGAGGCCGAAAGAGCUAAGGCUAUUGCUAUCGGCGACUACGACAGGGUCAAUAAAGAGUUCAAUACUUUGUUGGCAAGAUUUAACGAAAGUAAGAAAGGUAUGUUUGAUUCCGGUGACGCUCUUUUGAAGCAGCAGCUAGACGAUUUUAAAAAUGUCGUCAAGGAGAAGAAAGAAGCCCUGGAUAAGGCUUCUAAGGAGUACGCGGAUUACACGAGACACAACUUCAAUGAAAUCUCCAACAAGCUGGAUGAACAAGAUGAAAAAAUCAGAAAAGAAGGCGGAUUUUUCAAAUGGUUGACCAGGACCCCAGUCAAAGGUGAGAAGGAAAAAUCCGGUAAUGAAACCAAUUCAACCAAAAACAACCCACUUGCUGGGUUCGGUGAAAAUGCUGCAUUUUUCAGUCAAGAGCAAAUUGAGGAACAAUUAAGAAACAAGGAAAUUGGACCAAGCGAGGCUCAGAAAAGGCUUGAUGUUUUGAAAAGACUGAAAGAAGAGGGCUGGUACCAACAUCAUCAAGGUUCUUCUACCGAUGAAGAAAUGGCUAAAGCAGCAGCAAAGGGUUUGUCAGGAUGGGGAGAAAGUGCUGCUCAGUUUGCUCAAGAAGAGAUUGACGAAUCGAAGAGACUUGCAAAUAAGGCCAGAAACAUCGCUUCCAGAGAAGAUGCCUCCAAAGCAGUCGACGACGCUUGGAAAAAGUUGCAAGACGCAAAGAAAACUGUUGAUGAGACAAGUUCAAAGUGGUGGAGCAAGGGCAAAGAGAAAACAAAUGAGAUAUCAGAUGAAGCAUCUAAAAAGUAUGCUGAGGCGCAAAAAAAUUACGAAGCCGCAAAGAAAACACUCUCUGAUUGGAGUGAUAAAUCCUCUGCCAAAUUCUGGAGUAGUGCCGACGAUGCUAUAAGAGUUGCACAAAAUGCAGCUGAUCAGGCCCGUGACAAAACUCAGGGGAAAUUGCACGAUUCGCAGGAUAAUGUUGAACAAGAGCAAUUGUUAGAAGAGUAG